AUGAAAUUAUUUUUGAUAACUUCUAUAUUUAUAAUUUUUAUUAUUACUGUUUUUGGAAAUGAGAUUCCUAAAGCUUUUUUAGGUACAUUUAAAUUAGACAGAAGUGAAAAUUUAGAUAAUUAUCUUAUUGCUAAAGAUAUUGGAUUUCUUCAAAGAAAAAUUGUUGCUUUUCUUAGUGUAUCAAAAGAAUUUUCAAAAAAUUCUGAUGGUACCUAUAAUUUUCAUACAUUAACAACAAAAAAAAAUCUUUACUAUGAUAAUGUUACAUUAAAUAAAGAAUUUGAAGGUAGAAUUUUAGAUGGAAGUAAAAGAUUACUCAAAUUUACCUACAAUCCUAUAACAGAAGAGUUAGAGGAACAUCAAAUUGAUAAAGAUAAUAAACUUCCAACAGAAAUAAUUUACUAUACAAUUAAGAAUGGAAUAUUGGUAUGGAAAAGCACAUUCAAUGGUGUAACAUGUAAAAGAUACUACAACAAAGUUCAAUUAUAA